AUGAAAUUCUGUAAUAGUUAUUUUCUGGUCGAUCCGACCAAAGCAAAUGUUCUUGAUCUCCUUCUCCUUUUGUUUUCCCCCAACCUAACCAGCACAAGAUUCAUAGACUCUCCACCGGAUACGCUCAAAAGCGUCCGGAGAAGUUUCGCGAGUCGAUGGAUCAUUGUGUUGGCCAUUUUGGUUCAAAAGAUAUUGAUGUUCUUAAGAAAGCCCUUUGCAUUCCUAGGUCGUUUUCUCACCUAUUUUCCAAAUCUUCUUACCGCAAAUGGAGGCUUCUUCAAGUUGAUACUUCACCUUUUGACGGGAAAUAUGGUGAAGCCUGAGGAAUCGUCGGCGACGUAUACAUCGUUCGUAGGAUGCACGGAUCGAAGAGUGGAGCUUGACGAGAAAAUAAAUGCUGGCACCAUCGAAUACAACUCGAUGCUGUCAAUAAUGGCAUCUAAGGUCUCUUAUGAGAACAAAUCUUUCAUCACUUCCGUCGUCAAGAACACUUGGAAGAUGGACUUCGUGGCUUACUACGAUUUUUACAAUGCGUUCCAAGAAAGAAACAUCACGCAAGCAUUUGUAUGUAAGGCGUCGAGCACAAAUCCGAACCUCAUCGUCGUUAGCUUCAGAGGAACCGAACCUUUCGACACUGAUGAUUGGUGCACUGAUCUCGACAUCUCUUGGUACGAGUUCAAGAACGUUGGAAAAGUCCACGCCGGGUUCUCUAGAGCUCUUGGCCUCCAAAAAAACGGAUGGCCUAAAGAAAUCAUAGCCAUCGGACGUCAAUAUGCUUACUACACUAUUAGACAAAAGCUUAGGGACAUGCUUGCCAAAGACAAGAACCUUAAGUUUAUUCUUACGGGUCAUAGCCUCGGAGGUGCAAUUGCUGCUCUUUUCCCGGCGAUUCUUGCGGUUCAUGGUGAAAAUGAGCUCCUUGAUAAGCUACAAGGAGUCUACACAUUUGGACAGCCACGUAUAGGAGACGAGGAGUUUGGAGAGUUUAUGAAGGAUGUGAUAAGAAAGCAUGGAAUUGAGUAUGAGAGGUUUGUUUAUAAUAACGAUAUCGUGCCUAGAAUACCCUUUGAUGACAAGGUUUUGUUCUCAUUCAAGCACUAUGGAUCUUGCAAUUACUUCAACAGUCUCUACAAAGGAAAGGUAAGUGAAGAUGCACCAAACGCGAACUACUUCAGCUUGUUGUGGCUAAUUCCAAAACUGUUGAUUGGUGCGUGGGAGUUUCUAAGGAGUUUUAUAAUACAGUUUUGGAAAGGCAAAGAGUAUAAAGAGAAUUGGAUUAUGAGGUUUCUUAGGGUUGUGGGAAUAAUAUUCCCAGGUGUCACUAAUCAUCUCCCGUUUGAUUACGUCAACACCACGCGCUUGGGAGGCUUGGCUCGACCUGUUGCUACUACUACUGUUGAGGAUAAACUUGCCCUCAUUGCUUGA